ACCCAAAAAAAAAAAAAACACACGCUCUCUCUCCCCAUCUCUCCUCCUCUGCAAACUCUCUCUCUCUCUCUCUCUUUCUCUCUCUCUCAAAUUUUAACAUAGAGCCGUAUGGACCGGUCAUGACCACCACCACUAAACCACCACCAACAGCAAACCACUUCCCAUCUCCACAGCCCCUAACCUCCCUCCACUGGGCUUCGCCACCACCUUCCUCCACCACUCUCUUCACCACCACCACAACAGUACACAAACCCAAACCCAAACCCAGGUCCCCAUUUCUAACCCAAAGCCACCUCCUGACCACCACCAUCACCACCACACCAGACAAACCCAAGCCCCCAUUUCUCACCCAAUCCACCACAAAACACCCCCUAACCACAACCACCACCGCCACUAACCCACUAACCAAUUCCAAAGACCAAACACUCCUUACCCUCCUCAGCCAAAGGGAAACGGAGCAAGCCUGGCUAACAUACCUCCAGUCCCCACACCUCCCUGGUCCCACCUGCCUUAGCCGCUUAGUCUGCCAAUUAUCCCAGCAAAAGACCAAAAAUAGCCUCAACCGUGCCCAGUCCAUCAUCAAGCGCCUCCACCAUGAGCGCCUGCUCCACCUCCUCGACGCCAACUCCCUCGACCUCCUCACCGUGGCCGCCGCCAAGGCUGGCCACGCCCUCUAUGCCGCCUCCGUCAUCAAGUCCAUGCUUAAGUCCGGUUACCUCCCCCACGUCAAGGCAUGGAGCGCCGCCAUGAGCUGCCUAACUAAAUCCGGUGACGACGGGCCCACCGAGGCCCUCAAGAUUUUCAACUCCGUCACCCGGCGGGUGCGCAGGGUCGCGGACCCGGAUGUCGUGGUCCACUCAAGGCCUGACACGGGGGCGUUCAACGCCGCGCUCAAUGCUUGUGCCCAGUUGGGGGACACCAAGAGGUUUCUCCAAUUGUUUGGUGAGAUGCCCGAGUUUGGAUGUGAACCUGAUGUGUUGACUUACAAUGUGAUGAUGAAACUGUGUGCAAGAGCUGUUAGGAAGGAUUUGAUGGUUUUUGUAUUGGAAAGGAUUCUUGAGAAGGAGAUUCCUUUGUGUAUGUCCACAUUCCAUUCCCUUGUCGCGGCUUACAUCGGCUUUGGGGAUAUAGAAGCAGCGGAGAGAAUGGUGCAGGCAAUGAGGGAAGGCCGGAGAGACAUUUGCAAAGUGCUGAGGGACUCGAAUUUCAAAAACCCAAUUCGAGAUGGGAGGGAUGUGUUUGACAAGUUGCUCCCCAACUCGAUUAACCCGACUACUAGUGAGCCGCCAUUGUUGCCUAAGGUGUAUAGUCCUGACUCUAGAAUGUACACAACUCUGAUGAAGGGUUAUAUGAAAGAAGGUCGAGUCAUCGACACAGUGAGAAUGCUAGAGGCAAUGAGACACCAAGAAGAUAGUGCUAGCCAACCUAACCAUGUUUCUUACACGACGGCUGUGUCAGCGUUUGCAAAGGUGGGAGCAAUGGAUAGGGCGAGAGAGGUUCUAGCUGAAAUGAUUCGAAUUGGAGUUCAAGCUAAUAGAAUCACUUACAAUAUUCUCCUCAAAGGGUACUGCCAGCAGCUGCAGUUGGAAAAAGCAAAGGAAGUGAUGAAGGAGAUGACUGAGGAUUCGGGUAUUGUGCCUGAUGCGGUCUCUUAUAAUACUAUGAUUGACGGGUGUAUACUAGUUGAUGACAGUGCUGGGGCUUUUUCCUACUUCAACGAGAUGAGAUCGAGGGGAAUCGCCCCUACCAAGAUUACUUACACCACUUUAAUGAAAGCUUUUGCUCUGUCGGGUCAACCGAAGCUAGCUAAUAAGGUGUUUGAUGAGAUGCUCAAGGACCCUAGAGUGAAGAUUGAUGUGGUUGCGUGGAAUGUGUUGGUCGAAGGGUAUUGUAAGCUGGGUUUGGUUGAAGAAGCAAAGAAGAUCGUUGAAAGGAUGAAAGAGAGUGGGUUCUACCCUAAUGUGAAUACUUAUGGAAGUCUCGCGACCGGGAUUAAAAUCGCUAGAAAGCCAGGAGAAGCACUUUUGCUUUGGAAUGAAGUGAAGGAGAGGUGUAGUGUGGAAAAUAUUUCUUCUUCGGCUAUUCCACGGCUUAAGCCUGAUGAAGCUCUUUUAGAUAUCUUGGCUGAUAUUUGUGUGAGGGCUGCUUUCUUCAGGAAGGCUUUGGAGAUUGUUGCUUGCAUGGAGGAGAAUGGAAUAUCACCAAACAAAACUAAGUACACUAGAAUUUAUGUGGAGAUGCAUUCGAGGAUGUUUACUAGUAAGCAUGCUUCAAAAGCAAGGCAGGACCGAAGGAGUGAAAGGAAGAGAGCAGCGGAGGCGUUUAAGUUCUGGUUGGGAUUGCCUAACUCUUAUUACGGGAGUGAGUGGCGGCUCGAACCUGAUGGAGAUUACUAGUAUUCUGGAUCUAUAUAACCACCAGGAACAUUGCCUUCUUGUACACUGCAUCUAAGUGGUAAAUAGUGAUGUAUCUAUAGUCGCGGAUCACGAUUUUGUGAACCUUGAAUUUCAAAUGUAAUAUGUACUUUGAUAAAAGAUUUUGGUAUAAUACUCGCAUUGUCACUUGUA